GAGUGAUGGAGUUUUGUCCGAAAAAGGUUUCCGUAGCAGCUGAAGACUAGUGUAGCACACGUUGUUUUACUAACUGGGGGGCUUGGUUGUAUUUUGUUAAUUUAUGUUUUUGGGGCCUACGUAGUAAAUACAAUACAUAAUGGGUGGGCAAUCUAAAAGUAAAAAGUCAAACAAGUCCACAAGGAAACAAAACAACAGGGGCCAAGGGUUAUCUGGACAGGAAAGAAUGAAACUCAAGAUGCAAGAAAAGGCAAAGAAGAAAACUGCAGAGAAAUACAGUGUGGAACAGUUACUGGAAAAGACUGAGGAGUACAUGGACAACUUUGACUUUGAAAUGGCACAAUUGUUUUGUCAGCGUGCCUUGGAUCUGGAGCCCACCAAUCUUAACGUUUUGGAUAUGCUUGGAAACAUUUGUGCAGAGCUUGGAAAUGAAGAAAAAGCCAAACAAGUGUUUUUAAGGGCAGUGGAGCUUAGUCCUGACGAGGGACACAGCAAGUACAUGUAUCUGGGACAGAUCCACAGUGGGGUGGAAGCAGUGCAGUAUUUCAGCAAAGGUGUUGAGGCUAUGCUUAACGCUCUUGAAAAACAAACACCAGCUGCAGCUGCAGCAGCAAUUUCCCUUGAUGACCCUGAAGUGACAAACAAGGACGUCUCGGUGGCUUUUUGUUCCAUUGCUGAAAUUUUCUUCACUGACCUCUGCAUGGAUGAUGGUGCAGCAGAGAAAUGUAAAGAAGCCAUUGACAAAGCUUUGCAGUAUGACCCAGACAACCCUGAAGCAUUGCAGCUGAUGGCCAGUUAUCUAUUCAGUAUAGAAAAAACGCAGGAAGGAAAAGAGUUUCUAAUGAGAAGUCUUGCAGCAUGGCUUCCCAGCUUGCAGAAGAAGACAGACCAGACAGCACGUGAAAAGCAAGACGAUGGGGUGCAGGAUGGCGAGAGCCUGGAGAACAUGUUUCCUCCAUAUGAAUCCAGAAUAACUACAACCAAGCUACUGAUUGAAGCUGAAGAAUAUGAGCUUGCCACAGAGAUACUUGAAAGUCUGUUAGAAGAGGAUGAUGAAGUUGUCCAAGUUUGGUAUCUGUUUGGCUGGGUUUGUUAUCUUCAAGUGGAGAAGCCUGAGGAGACUGAAGCCUUCAAGGACUCUGCCAGAACAUAUCUAACAAAAGCCAAAAAGCUGUAUAUGAAGGUGAAAUGUGAUGACACCCCGAUGCUGGAGCACAUGGAACAACUACUGGCCGAGCUGGGGCCUGGAGAGGACCUCCUGGACUCGGAGGAGGACCUUCCUGCAGAGAACAUUGAUGACGACUUUGUGGAGAGCAGCGACAAUGAGGCCAUGGAACAGUAAAGCAGUGUAGACCACUGGUUAAGACCUAAUAAAUAUAUUUUAUCAAAAAAAAAGAAACAUUGCAAUACAGUUUGAUGAGCAUUAGCAGUUUCCCAUUUGUGACUUUACUGUCUGAGACACCAUCAUUGCCACAAGCAAAUUUACUAAAACAAUGGUUAGAAUAUUGUUAUGCAAUUCCUAGCUUCAGAAAUUUACCCCCCUUUGUUGUGCACAUUAACUUUAUGUGCUUUGCCAUUUUAUGCUAAAUAAUGCAUAACAGAGUUUGUACAGAUAGACCUGCUCUUUUGUCAAAACAAAUCAUAUAUUGUCAUUAAUGUACAAAUAUUUUACCCCUUGGGAUACACUGUUCAUAAGUGUGUUGACUGUUUUUACAAUCAGUGAAGAAAAAGGUGACAUAUCCCAAGCUCAACUUCCCAUGUUUGUGUAACUAUCAUCCAUAAAUAAAUGUUUUUUUUUUUU